AGCAUUGAAAAUUUUAUUUACAGGGAACGAUUGUUAGAAUUGAAGAAAAAACAGUUUUAUAGAAAAAUGCAAAAAGAAAAAGAAGAAAGUGGUGAAGAUGGUCUAUUAAAACAGAUAGAUGAUUCUUAUCAACCAGACUUCAAACGGGUUUCCGAAGUUAAUGAAGUCUCUUCUCGAGUUUGUUCCUCUUCAAGUUUAAAUAAACAUCCUCAGCCAGAUGAGAAGAGAAGAAUGAGGAUUUUAACACAUUUUGAAGAAUUUAGAUCAGGUCGGAGUUCCCUGGUUGUACUAGAUGGAGAACUAAAAAGUUUAACAGUAUCAGUCCUAGAGCAGGAUGGAAUGCUUGUUGAGGAGCAAUCUAUAAAGUCCUUGGAUCUUUCUCAGCUAGAAGAAGAAGAAGAGGAAAUGGAAAACGAAGAAGACGAAGUAGAAAAAAAGAAAGAAGAAGAUAUAACAGAUCAACUUGAUCUUCAAGUGAAACAAGAACUAAAACUAGACGAAUUUUUAGAUUUAAUGGAGAUCUUUUAACUGUAUUAAGCUUAGUCCAAUUGAUAUAGGUUAACAAUUCAAAUGUUGAUUUAGCUUCAAAUUUUAACAAGUUUAGAUUUUAAACUUACGACAAUUCUAAACGCAAUGUUUGUGCACAUUUUAAAAGCCCACAGGGAUCGAUAAGAUUACAUUUUCGGAAAAUUUAAAAUUUUUUGUGGCUUCUUACUUAUUCUUUCCUUACUUCAAUAUGUUGUAAAUUUUAACCUCUAGACUUAUAAAAAUGUGUGCAUUUAAUUCAGCGUUUUUGCAAAAGUUUUUUCUUUUUUUCAUUUGCUUUAAAUAACUUUUCUAUUCACAAUUUCAAUUUCAAGUUCUUGUUUUAAUUUCAAACAACUUUAAUUUAUGUCAUUUUCUAACAUUGUCCUAAGUUUGGCGUUUCACCCUUUAAUGUUCUUGUAGAAGAGUUGUAGAAAGUUGUGUAAAGUUUUGAAGAGAAUGUUGUUUUCUUGUUUUCUUCUUGUAUACAGGAUGUACAGUAUAUGUGUAUAUACCUUGUAUGUUAACAAUAAAAAGUUUGGCUUCUUACAUAAAGUCUUAAACAUGUCA